UGAGUCCCUCGCUAGCCCCGCUAAUAACAUUAACUUCCUCAAAGUCAUAGCUCAGUGCUGUGAAUUUCUUUCCCGUACCAGCCAUGAACAGCUUAGCCACUUUCACACUUUUUCUCUCAGCGUGUGGCAGCGUCGGGGCGGCCGCUGUCUCCGCUCCGCGCGAGGUGUCCGGCGCGGUGGGUCAGACGGUCACGGUGCACUGCGGCUACGAGCGCCGCUACGCCCGCCGCGCUAAGUACUGGUGCCGGGGGAAGCCGUACGAGUCCUGCAGGGAGGUGGUGAGGACCGGCGGGCCCGCGGAGAGGGACCGGACCUCCAUCACAGACGACCGGAACGCCCGGGUCUUCAGCGUCACCAUCAGCUCCCUGCAGCCCCACGACCCGGACAGCUACUGGUGCGUGGUCUCCCUGCCCUUCAGAAACGUCUUCGCCCCUGUGCGUCUCUACGUCCACCAGCCCACAGGGGCCGGAGGACUGCAGAGCACCCCAUUCGGACGCGUGGGCCACCCUGCGCUGGGUCCUGUUCUUCCUGAUGCUGGCGUGUCCGCUGGGCGUGUGUGCGUGGGAGAGGAGGGCGGGGCGGUGCUGUGGUUCUCCCUGUCCCAGGACGUGUGUCCCCUCCUGCCCCUCACGGCUGCCCCCCUUUCCCCGAACCGGGUGACUUCCCCUGGCCUGCCACCAAGCUCAGAGGACCAAAACCAGACUUUUACCUGCAGUCAGUUUCGGAGGAGAUUACCUGCUGAGUACCUGCUAAGUGCAUACCAAAGGUAUACUGGGAAAAAAAGAUUUUUGACGAGAGCAACAUCACCAACUACCAACAACAUCUACAACACAUAUGGUGGUGUAACACCGAUGGUAACACCGGUGGUUCUCAACGUGGGAGGGUGGGUGAAUUUUAUUACCAAAAAGGACCGGACCAAAAAAGGUUGGGAACCGCUGUUGUAACAUGUUAUAGAUUCUACCUGUUUUUAUUUAUUUCUGUGUGUGUGUCUGUGUGUGUCUGCGUGUUUAUGCAUGCGCGUCUGUAUGUGUGUGUGUGUGUGCGUGUGUCUUUGCCUGUGUGUGUGUGUUUCGUGUUCAUGCAUGCGCGUCUGUGUGUGUGUGUGUGUGUGUGUGCGCGUGCGUGUGUCUUUGCCUGUGUGUGUGUGUUUUGUGUUUAUUCGUGCGCGUGUGUGUAUUUCCAUGUGUGUGUGUGCAUGUUCAUUUUACCUUUAACCGACUUUAUUGAAUGUAUGUUGUAAAUGAAGGAGUGGUUGUACACAAAGUGAACAGUGAUUCUGCUCCUGUUGAAGCCUCGGAAAUGUAAAACAUUAAAGUGAUGUACCAAAAAAAGAA